GCGGGGUUCGGUAGAGGAACACUUGAUGCAGGCUCGUGUCGUUUGUUCCUACCCGGACCACAAAACCGAGGCAUUCUCGCCGACUCACGCCUAACAAAGAGGGGCCGCUCAAGCGUGACACAAAUAACAUUUGUUGCAUUUGAAUCAAGCACAUUACCUGGGCUUGAAAAGCACCACACAAUGGCUCGCUAACGCAGCUAACGAGCGUGUGCUUGAAAUUUUCGGUUUCUGCGAUAGUUAGCAUCAGCCGUUAGCUGGCCACUGGCCGGGCACUCCGGAACGCUCAAAGGUAGUCAAGUGGAGCGCCGUCAGUUCCGUCGCCAUGGUAACGGACGCUGCGGAGACGCCACUCACCGGCGCAAGCGUCACGUGGAGUUGAGCCGAAGCUGAACACCGGGGAAGCUGCUGCUCCUUGAUCUCCUCCUCUAGGCGGCUUCGGGCCAAGGCGUCUGGAUGUCGUCCUCAGGUGGACCCGCGCUAGGAGACGCUCCUGCCACCAACGCGCCCCCUGGUGGCCGCGCUCCCUUGGCCUCUAAAGCCCUGUCAGAGUCGUUCGCUCGCCUGCGCUACCUGGACACGUCAUUGCUGGUGUGGAGGCAGCAGCAGGUGGUGGCGGCGGCGGCCCCCCCGCUUCCGUCCUCUUACCUCAGUCGUAGCCAGUCGGGCUGGUACAGCAGCUACGGGAACAGCGCCGUGGUGGUCCCCGACAAGAGCCGCCUGGACGAGCAGCAAGGACGCUCCAGGGUUUGCACGCUCAUGUAGCGCGACGGACAGACGCGCAAGGAGCCGCUCUCACCAGACCAGGGGCUGUUGGAUGCAAAGUUGAGAUUCCAGCUCAUAGCCCCUCAUCACAAUAGCUUCGACGCAAGCAGUAUAAAUUAUACUAUAGCCGUUACGGAAAGGAAAUAAAUUACGUUGCUCAACAUCAA